AUGGCCUUUUCUCGAUCCAUCCUGUCUCUAGUGUUGAGCGCUGGGCUUUCAGUGGCCUUGACUCGCUCGCCGGUGCCUCCGCAGGUCGAUGGCGGGUGGAUGGUCUCUGACCUGCCUUUCUACAACGCCGCCACGUACACCUUCGAGAACGGACUGCCCGAAGGACUCAUAAUCGCCAAUUGGCCGACUGGAUUGAACUGGCAGGCGGACGCCGCCAACGUCCGGUUCAGCAACGGGUACCUCGAGCUUUGGGUUCCUGGCGGGCAGAAUCCUCCCGCUGGAACCAGUUACUCCGGGGCAGAGGUCGACACUGUUGCCAACAACAUUGCAUAUGGAAGCUUUCGCACUGUUGCUGUCCUGACGCAGACCCACGGUGUUUGCAACGGAAUGUUCACCUACCACGAUGGCACUCAGGAGUCGGACAUUGAGUGGCUCUCGGACCCCAACAACUUGUCGGACAGAGGGACGAACCACCUGUGGAUGACGAACCAAGCCGUCAAUGGCAAUGUCGAUGACAAGACCUCGAUUCCCGUGCUGCCUCCGGCUCAGCCCUUCGAAGAGCACGAGUAUCGCAUCGACUGGCUCUACGACCGGGUCGAGUGGUACGUCGACGCUGUCAAGGUGGCCGAGACGGACCAGAACAUCCCCUGGAAGGCGGGCGUCUUUGCCGUCAACAAUUGGUCCAAUGGCGACAGGUACUGGUCAGCUGGACCGCCUGCUCAAGACGCCGUCUUCAAGGUCAAGUCCAUUGAGAUGUACUACAACACAGUUUAG